AAUAAAGCCCUACUUGUCUUCACUUGCUUGCAUUCAAAUUCUCGGAGUACCAUGACUGACCAUGCACCAAGAUGGCAGUGCGAGGCGUUUGUGCAAUACUAUUGCAACACUACUAUAGCAUAAGUUCUUUGAAGCCGACUACAAAGACCAAGCUGCAGUUCUUCUCCUGUGUCUUGCAGUUCCCUGGUGUGACCAAUGGUUCCUAUGAGAAGGAACACAACAUCUGUCUUCUUGGUCCUCCUCCUGAUCUUUGCCAUCAGUACCAGUGUGAUAUACCACUGCUUGGGCAGUAGCAGAAGGCAGGAUGCUGGACGUAGCAACAUCACCAUUCUGCUGUGGCACUGGCCCUUUGGGCACACCUACAAACUGCAGGGGGACGUGUGUAGGAAGAAUUACGGUGUCCCUGGCUGCCACCUGGUGGACAUUCACAGUCUGUAUCACCAGGCUGACGUGGUGGUCUUCCACCAAAAGGAGCUACAAACAGGCUUCUCCAGGCUGCCCCUUGACCAACCUCGUCCAGCAGCCCAAAAGUGGGUGUGGCUCUCCUUGGAGUCUCCAUCCCAUAAUGGGGACCUGAGACCUUAUGGGGGCCUCUUCAACUGGACCAUGACAUACCGGCGUGAUGCAGAUAUCUUCACACCCUAUGGGGAGCUGGUUCCCAGGACCACUGAAGGUGAUUAUAUUAUCCCCGCUAAGCAAACGCUGGCCUGCUGGGUGGUCAGCAACUACCAGCCGACCCACAAGAGAACUGAAGUGUACCUGAGUCUGAAGAAGCUGAUCCCUGUGGAGGUUUAUGGACACUGGGCUAAGAAGCCACUAGACUCUGACCAGCUGUUAUCCACUAUUUCUCGGUGCUACUUCUACCUGGCCUUUGAGAACUCGGUGCAUAGAGACUACAUAACAGAGAAGCUGUGGAGAAACUCUUUCCAAGCUGGCAGUGUGCCAGUUGUGCUGGGCCCACCCCGAGCUAACUACGAGGCCUUCAUUCCCAAAGACUCCUUCAUCCAUGUGGACGACUUCAACUCCAUUAAAGAACUGGCUGAUUUCCUGAACCAGCUGGCCUCAGACAAAGAGCGAUAUGGGUCAUAUUUCCGUUGGCACCAUGACUAUGAUGUUAAAAUGUACACCAAUUGGCAGGAGAGGCUAUGCAGAAUAUGUAAGAUACAUGAACACCUGCCGGGCAGAAAGAUCUACUAUGACCUAGAUUCCUGGUCCAGGAAUGAACUGUGACCUUAACGCAGGAUAGCCAGAUGGAGACCUGGGCUGUUUAGCACUAUUUAUCAGAGUAGCAAAUAUAUAUUUUCUCGCAAAAAAAAGAUUUUAACAUUAGUAUAUAUGCUAGUGAACAUUAAUGACAUUAUUUCUUAUGUUCUCCAAAAAGUUACUGAUACCUUGUUGAAUGACUAGAAGAAGAUUGCUUCACUUCCAAAACCUCUCCAUGUUUUUGUUAAAUCCCCCCACCAGCUAGCUUAAUUUACUUAAUUAGUUAAAUAGCCUGAUGAGGUACUGAUUAGCCAGACAAGGCAUGCUAGUCGCUUAGUUAACAAGUACAUGGGUAUAUUUGAUGGUUGCUGCAAAUACUGGAGUGACUGUUCAGGAAUGUGUUGAAAUGCUUAAUUGUGCUAUUAUACUUUAUAUAAUAAUAGUUUUACAGCAACAUAAGUAAUUAUACCAACACAUGAGGUUAUAUAUCAAAAUAAUUUUGAAGAAAAGCAGUUUGCUGUUUUGCCUUCUCCUUAUCCAUUAUAUUGUACAGUAUAUAUUAUAUACACUC